CUUAUUUAAUACAGUUAAAGUUAUUAAUUUAUAACACUUACCUUCAAACAUGGGCAACCCUAGUAAAAUGUUAACGAUUUUUAUUGUGAUUUGUUAUGUUAUAGGUGUACAUAACUCAUAUAGUAAAUAUUCACAGACUGUUCAAAAUUGCAUUGAUUUGAUGCUUCGUUACGACAUUUUAUUUAUACAAAGUUAUUCACAGUAUAGUGGUACAACGAUUCCAAAUUAUGUUCAAUUGGAAGAUUCAAAAUUGAUAAGAAAGCUAUAUUCAUUAAACAUUUCGGCACUAGACGAACCAUUAAAAACAUAUGUAACGAAUUUUAAUAAUGGAAUAAAGGAACAAGCGCUCACAUUUUGUGAAGGGCAACAAUAAUAAGAAGAAGAAUAGUUUAUUAAUAUAAAAGUAGUAUUAAAAAAGGAUUUUUUUUUAGGUAUUACUAUUACAAGUGUUUUUGAAUUAUUAUAUGUUGUUCAUUUAUUACAUAUCACUUGACGUUUAAAU